UACAAAAACAAAUCGAGAUGAACCAUUUUAAUGAUUUAUGAUUUAAGGCAUAAGGACUUAUUUACUCAGAUAAUGCUGUUUUGUGUAUAUUUGUUGACUUGCUUUCAAGUCGCCAAAUCAGAUGUUCACUCGUUGAUGGCAUUUGUAACGUAUAUAGCUGGACAGACACCAUUUCCUGAGUUCAGUGCUGUGCUGAUGUUAGAUGAUGUGCAAAUAGGAUAUUAUGACUCGGUCACAUGGAAACCUGUCUAUCGCACUAACAGUACUGACUUGCAGUUCCAUGAAGAAGAACAAAAGGAUGCUGAUAUUGUAUUUCGCGUUAUGUAUAACAUCUUUAAAGAAAGAGCAUUUUAUCUUAAGGAGCAGCAAAAUCACACAGAUGUAAAACCCAGAGUCAGAUUCAUGAAUAAGACCCUCUCAGACUCUCAAGGGCUUCAGAUCAGCUGUCUGGCCACUGGUUUUUACCCCCGUCACAUUAACCUGACCAUGUUCAGAGAUGGUCAGCCUGUGGAUGAUGAUCAGAUCACAGGAGGAGAGAUUCUGCCCAACGGAGACGGAACUUGCCAGAUGAGGAAGAGUUUGGUGAUCAGUGAAGAAGAACUAUGUGAGGAACAUAAAUACAACUGCACAAUGAAGCACCUCAAUUUGGAAAACAAACUGGACAUCACAUAUGAUGUGGCUGAAUGUGACCCAGGAUCUUUCAGUCAUUCUGUAGUUUUCAGUGUGCUGGUGUUCAUGUGUGUGGCUGUUCUCAUAAUAACUGCAGUCAUCAUAUGGAGGAAGAGACGAGCUGCUGGACAGGGAACUUUGACAUCACAGAGUAAAUACUCCCCUACUCCAUCUUCGAUGCGCGAUAAAACAUGAAAAGUUAAAAGUGCUUGUUGGAUGCUAUUUGAAUUGUGCUAUGAUGGCCUUCAAAUGACAUUAAAAAAAUACAAAGACAAAGGAACAUAUGUAGGUAAAUGUAUGCAGUAUGCAACAUAAAACUUGGCACAUGUGGCCUGAAAUCAUAAUAUUGUUUAGGAACAAUAUCUCCUGCUGUAUUAUUGUAUUUCUGUGUGAUUUCUGGGCAGUUGUGGCCUAAUGGUUAGAGAGUUGGACUUGGACUAAUCCGAAGGUUGUAGGUUAGAGUCUCAAUACCGGCAGGAAAGGUGGGGGACUGAUUAUACAGCACUCUCCUCAGCGCUCUUCAGUGCUUUUCAUACCCACAACUGAGCAAGGCACCUAAACCGCAAUUGCACACCGGGCCCUGCAGCACUGUGUGUUUAAAACUCUUUGUGUGUCCACUUGGAUGGGUGAAAUGCAGAGCAUAAAUUCCAAGUAUGGGAAAUUCCAAGUCACGUCACUUUAACUUUCUGUCAUGGCAACUCUCUAGUUUGGUUUGUGCUGCAACUGCUAUAGCAAACCCUAAAUGUCAAGCAGCAAGCUUAUUGGCAUAUGAUGCUAUAGAAACCAAUCAUCUGCGCCAUGUAGAAAACUAUGUGAUUGCUAUCAGUUAUACAGUAUGUACUAUGUAACCUAUCAGUCUGUGCCAUAUUGAGUUUCAAGACAACACUUUGUAUUUCUGUUGAGAGUUUGGCAUGGUAACAUAUUUUACAAUGUUAAUGUAUUUGGUCUUGGCAGAACAGAUCUGCUAUGCUGCUGCUGCUACUGCAGAGCAAGGAGAGAGAUACUGCCAAUACGUACACGGACACACUGCUGUGUGCAUUUAACAUGCUGCUGCUAACUUGUUCCCCUGCUUCAUGAUCUCCGCUCCAAGUUUGUAUAUUUGUUGUAUUAUUGUGUGGUUGUCCUGCAAAAGUAUCUGAGUUCUGAGAGUUGCAGAUGGAUGAGUUCUGUAGACAUAUUCCUGGUGUCCUGGUUAUUCUUUGACAUAUGUUUCAUUUCAUUCCUUUCCAUUCUGUUUACUUGUUUUUCCUGCUGUGUAAAAUCUGCUUGUGUAAUAUGGUUAUUGCCUUUAACAAAUAAAAUGAUGGAAGA